AUGGUUUGGCACGUCUUGCGGCGGGAGGAAGAUUCUGUUGCCAGAACCGCUCUGAAGCCCGACGUUUCAGGAGUGAGGCCGCGUGGGAGGCCAAAGAUUCGCUGGUUAGACCGAGUGAAGCUGGAUAUGAUAGAUGCACGUUUGUGUGCGUUUGUUAUGCAAUGGAUAGAACCAAAUGGAAGACAAGAAGCAGAAAAGCGGACCCUGCAGCAACGCGGGACAAACGCUAGGAAGAAGAAGCAUUAG